AUGUCUGGCUUUACUCUACUGGCGCUCUCUGCGCUGCCUGUGGCCUUGGGCUUCGUGUAUGAUGAUGGGACGGGAAGGUUGCCUGCGUUGGGGUGGAAUAGCUGGAACGCCUACGGCUGCAACAUCGAUGCCACCAAGAUGCUCGACGCUGCCAACUACAUCGUCUCAAAAGGCUUCCUGAAAGCCGGCUACAACUACGUCAACCUCGACGACUGCUGGUCUAUAAAAUCCGGAAGAGACAACACCACCCACCAAAUCGUCCCUGACCCUACCAAGUUUCCAGACGGCAUCAGCGGCCUCACAGAUAAACUCCACUCCAUGGGCUUCAAAGCAGGCAUCUAUUCCAGCGCUGGCAGUGGAACCUGCGCCGGCUAUCCAGGCUCUAUCGGCUACGAACAAGUCGACGCCGCUUCCUUCGCCGCUUGGGGCAUUGAUUACCUCAAGUAUGACAACUGCGGCAUCCCCGACUACUGGUAUGACGAUUGCCAGGCAUGCAACGCCGACGCCACUUUCCUCUUUACAAACCCCGCCAACAUCGUCAAUGGCACUUGUGUUGGCGGGGCCAGCGGAAUUGCGUAUACCUCCCCGCUCUGUGCGCAGGCGUGGCCUAUUGAUGGGAUCGACUACAGCAAAAAGUAUACGGCUCUGCGGUACAGGAUCAUGAGCGAGGCGUUGCAGGCGCAAAAUCGCACGAUCUUUUAUAGUGUGUGUGAGUGGGGCAAUGAUGAGCCGUGGACUUGGGGGAAUGCGACGGCGCAGAGUUGGAGGACGAGUAAUGAUAUUAGCGAUAACUGGCCCUCCAUCGCCAACAUCCUCAACAUCAACUCCUUCAUCACCCCCCACGCCUCCUUCGGCGGCCACAACGACCCAGACCUCCUCGAAGUCGGCAACGGCAACCUCACCGUCCAAGAAACCCGCUCCCACUUCGCCCUCUGGGCCCUCCUCAAAGCGCCCCUCUUCAUCGGCACAGACCUCUCCACCAUCUCCCAAGCCAACAUCAACAUCCUACAGAACAAGCACCUCCUCGCCUUCAACCAGGACCCAGUAUAUGGCGCCUCCGCCGCCCCGUACAAAUGGGGCACCAACCCCGACUGGACCUUCAACGCCACCAACCCCGCCGAGUACUGGUCCGGCGCCUCCAGCAAGGGCGUCAUGGUCGCCAUGCUCAACACGCAGUCCAUCCGCCGGACCAUGACGGCCGUCUUCGACGAGAUUCCGGAACUCAACGCGAAUAAUCCUUACCGCGUGAUUAAUGCGUGGACCGGGAAGAAUUUGGGCUGUCAGAGUGGGAGUGUCAAGAUGGCGCUUGAGCCGCAUGAUACGGGGGUUUUGUUGUUUAAGGAUACGUGUGUGGGCGUGGCGGAUGUGCAGAGGAAUUCGAGUGUUAUUAUGGUGGAUGCGGCGGAGGAGGUUAGUCAGGCGGCGAUGUAG